AUGUUUAAAUUUGUACCAAAAAGAUUAAUAGUACCAUCAAUAGUACCAAGAAGAUUUAAUUCUUCAGUUCAUGAUAGAAUGAGACAAGUUGCGGAAUUAGUUAAAAAUGAUCCGGAAUUAAAAGCAUCAUUCACUAAAAUGGAAGCAAUUUUCAGAGAGAAAGGAUUUAUUGGUGAUAAACCUCCAUCAUUUAUUCAAUUAUCCAAGAUGUUAAUGGAUCCUGAAGUUAGAAGUUCACUUAGUGUUCUUCAACAAAAGAUUCAAGAAGCUAACAUUCAAAUCAAUCCAUCAGAUUUUUCCGAACUUAUGAAACAGUAUAAGAAAUGA